AUGCCUCGCACUCGAGCUUCUGCCCCUGCCGAGCAACCAAAGCCAGAAGACAAAAAGACUUUGACUCCUGCCGAAAAGCCUACAAAAACUUUCAUAUUGCCCUCGUCUCCCAGCGCCGACGCGCGCCUGCUCUCCCUUCCGAACCCGCAAUCAGGCGAACUAAGGCACUAUUUCUUCUGCCCACAGCGAGGUCUUUACGAGUUUACGGUUGUCGGCGCACCUCCUUACCAGGCUCGCAGUAUUCUUUUCACACCUUCCGCGCGUGAAUCAAGUUCGCAAACUGACGAGGCGCCUGCUACUCCGCCUAGCUCGAUUUCGAAGAGUGCGGAUCUCCUCGUCGCAACGCCCAUUGACUCGAUAUUUUUCUUGGUCCCUCUUUUGUUUGCUUCUUCGAAAGCAGGUCAAACACUUUUCCAGCCAUUGGACGAUAUUAUUGACUCCAACGAUGACCUCCCUCCCCAUUUUCGCAAUGUUCUCUACGAUGACAAGUUUCGACCUACUCUGCUCGCGCGUGCAGAGGCUAUAUGUGAUACGGUGGACGCUGGGGAUGAGAAGAUGAUUCGUUUCAACGAAUCGAAGCUUCUGAAAGAAUUAAUUGCCAAAUCUGAAAGAAUGACAGCCCAAGGUCUUCCUGUAAGCUUGGAGGAGCGAUUUAUCCGGCAGGCAUUGGCUGCACCCCUGAUGUCCGUCAAGCGGGAAGAUGCGUCUACUAGCCAGAAAUUGAACGAUAAUGGGGGCGAGGCAAAUAAGCCCAAUGAGAGCUCAGAUUCGCCAUCCACAACAGAAACCACAACUACUCCAUCCGUGUCUACGCCGGCGGGCGAGUCAACACCUGCGUCUCAACCGCCCGGAGAAGAGAUCACUUCUGAUGCUACCAUAGCUCGACUACUGCGCAUUUCUACGGCACUGUCAUAUAUGAAAGAGUCUUAUAUUUCGAACGACCUGUGCUCUCGUAUUGAUAAGCUCCUUGCCUCUCCUGAAAGCCCGUUGGAUUUCAAACCCUUAACGGAUCGCUUGAAGGAGCUUGUUGAGCUUCGUGCAAAGGCACACGCGUCACGCAAUAUGUCUGAUUUCACCCUCAAGCGUGGCCUCGAUGACGAAGAAGUCGAGUCUCGUGCAGAAAAGAAGCGCAAGAAGGAUGAAGAGGAGAAGAAAGCCAAGGCUUCAGAAUCUCGUGGCAUCCGGGAUUUGAAGAAGGUUAAUACUACGGGCAUGAAGAAGAUGAGCGAUUUCUUCGGCAAGGCUGCAGCUAAGAAAAAGGCUUGA